GAGCAGUGGGACCCAGGACGGCGCCAGGCGGAGGAGUGGCAGCGGCGUGGCGUCUUCAAGGGUGCCUACUUAGGGUCCGUCGCUCCGUUGAAUUAGUAGGUGUCAUCCCUUGGCGCAGUGAGUGUUGGAGUGCCACAGCCGCCGCCACAGCCGCCGCACCCUCCCCGCUCCCGUCCCCUCCCUGGGCAGUGAAGGGCGGCCACUCGGUGUUAGUGCCCGACCCUCUGGUGGCUCAGGCCGUGACAAGUGCCGCCGGGAACACCUGCUCGGGACCCAGCGAAGAGCCACGCCCCUCCAGCCCGCCAGAGCCGUGACCCAGGCAAGCGAGGCCCCGGAUGUUGACACCUGUACCUUGAUCUGCGUGGUUGUGCCCUGGAGCACCACCCGGUUCCUCGGACCAUCAAGAAUUUUAUCAUCUCCCUCGAUACAUCUACGUCCCUCCGUCUCCCCUUCCCCCCCUCCGUCAGACAACACUGCACCAGCCAGAGUUCAAGUGGAUAUCAAUUCCUGAAGACGUCUUGCCCGCUGAAGAGUGUACGUUUUGUGUGGAUGAACUAAUGUUGGCGUCACCGGUUGGUGCUAACAUGUGACUACGACGCUCUAAAAAAUCAUGUAAAAAUUGGCCCUUAAGAAAAAACAGGGUUGACAUUGAAAUUAUAUUCGAGUGGAAACUAAUAGUAUAUACACGUAAAGAACAGAUAGAGAUGAAAAACUAUGGUGAACGGUAAUGAUAGGAAAAUAACUAUUAAAAGCCUUUCGAAAAUAUUAUAGUAAAAGACGCGACGAUAACCAGGCAGUAACACGAAUGAAAAAACGAGGAAACUAAAAGGAAAUAAACUAAUGGAAACUAAGUGAACUAAACAAAUCAUGAAAGUGCAUCAUAGAAAACAGAUAAAUAAGGAAAAAUUAAACUAGAAAUAAAGAAAAAAUGGAGCUGUAUGAGUGAUGGAAGCCAACACCACCACAACCACCACCACCGCCUUCCCGUCACCACCACCACCACCACCUACAGCCACCCUUCGAUCUGACCUCCCCCCCCACGAUGCCGCUGACCUGGCUGGGGGCGUGGCCAAGGAGUACUAGCAGCCCCCCCGCCCCCCCGCCCCGGCCCCCCAGCAACUCCGCCCCCCCUACCAUGCCGCUGCCCGCCCCGACACGAUCAGACCCCGCCUCCUCGUCUUAGCAGAGCGACAUGUUACUUCAGACCCGCGGACGCUUGCACGACACAAGAUGUCCGUUGGUCUGUCCUGUGCGGGUGAGGGUGUGCCUGUGGGUGUGGGUGUGGCUGUGGCUGUGGACCUGGACAGGUGUGGCCCUGAGUGUGGGUCAAGGUGCAAGUGUGGGGCGAGGGACCAUCCUGCAGGACUUCCCUAUUGCAGCCGAGGAAAACUUUUACUCCUUCAACCCCGAUGGAACGUACACCUUCUCCUACGACACAGGGGGUGGCAAGCACCAGAGCUUCCGUAUCGAGAUGAGGGACGCCUCUGGAAAGGUGUCCGGGCGGUUUGGCUAUGUGGAUCCUGCCGGGGCCCUGCACAUCACAGAGUACCAGGCAGACAGUGGCGGCUACAGAGCCAGUGUAGAAGUGUACCACCAGGUCAGCCUUGCACCUCCUGAGCCUCUUGUGGUGGGCCCCCUGCCAAAGCGCCCUCCCUCUACCCCCAAGCCUCCUGAGGACCCCCCAAAACCACCCACCAUGCGCCCCGUGGGACCCGCCCCCUUCUUCCCCCCUCCACAGUCCAUUCUAAUUAUCGGGACACUUCCCAAACCUCUCCAGCCAGAGGACAGCGAACCAGACGAAGAUGCCCCAGACCUGGACGAGGAGUCUCUCUUCAUAUUACCGUCUGACCCUCCAGUACCCAACGUGGUGCCCCUCAGCCCAGUGGGGAACACCUCACCCAGGGACAGGCUAAACACCCCACCAGGCACUGAUGUAGUGAGUAUCCUUCAAGGAACACUCACUGACAUCCCCCAGGAGCCCUCUGAGGAUGAUUCUUCAACAAAUAGUACAGUCCCAGCUCCUGAUGUGCUUCCAGAAGACAGGGACCAACCAGGGGAGUCCAAGGAGCCAGGCAAUGGUGGCCCAGGCCAGGCAGGAGCACCAAGCAUUGCUCACACUAACCGGCGACUGCCAGAGCUGCCCCAGCCCACCAAGGACAGUGACUCCAUAACUCAACUAGAGGAUGACAAAAUUAACCCAACCAAGACAAAUCCAGAAAUAAAAGCUAAAAACAGAACACAGUCCUCUCACCACACAGCAGAGGACACUCAUGACAGUGACAGUGUGCAACACAAAUACUUCCCAAACAGUGAGUCUCUUCAGCCCUCUGCCACCACCAUCACCACCUCCACAAUCUCUAGACUAGCUGAAAGAGGUGCACAUGGACCAACUCCUGCGGUGGUGAGCACAUCAUUAGUGUUGCCAGCCACACAGGAGGACACCAAGAGCCAGCCAAGGGCAUCGCAUAAUCCUCCUCCUCCCUCUCCCCCUCCCCUCACUUACCUUCCAGUGGGUGCCCCUCGCCACCAGUACCCCACAGCACCCCUCCUCCAGCUGCCGCAGCGGCCCAAGAGCUACCCAGCCUGAGUCUCCCGCAGCACACGUGGAGCUGCAGACAGGACUAUCCUCCCAGAAGUACGGCAGUGACUUGUGUAGUGAACCUGAAAAGGUCGGGGAGACCUAAAUCAAAGUGGACUCAAAGAAUUUUACACAAUGUAACCAAUAGGAAAUUUAUAGUAGUUGUAUAUGUCAAACAGAAAUGGAAAAAGUACCAUACAUGUUUGUGUCACACCACACACUGAAGUGUAUUACAGACAUGGAUCCGAUGCAGAGUUUCUUGCUCUUCAGCCAAGUGUAAAACGUGUGUUCAUGUGAUACAUAGGAAUAAAAAUAAAUCUGACCAGUAACUCCUGAGUGGAUGGUGCACGAAAGUGAAAGUAUUGCUCACACACAUUAGGUUCCUCAGGGGACUGACUAGAGUAAUCAAAAUCUUUACAUUUAACAAAGUAUGCAGAUGUGCAUACUAUCAAAGUUAAAGAAAAUGGUAUCAAACAAGUGAAAUGUAUCCUGCAUGAUGAGACAUUGAACAGCAGGACACUGUGCCUGUCCCUCCCAGUGAGCCAACAAUGCCUGACUUUGUCAUUUCCAAGGACGUGUUCACAAGGUGCAAAAAUCUCUAGUUCCUCCACCAUUUGUGUCCAGAAACUGUGAUGGACUCAACCAGAGCAUCACACUUGCUAGUCAUGUUCAGAAUAAUGCAAUGACAACCUGUUGUAGUCAACAGAAAACUCUUAAAGAUCUCUUCAUAUUCUGAAUCACAGUCAUACUCCUUUUUGCCAAAUGCUAAAAGUAAUUACAUAUACUUUGUAAAUAGUCACGAGAGCAUUGAUUCCACGAUGACUAAUCCAGACACAUGCUGUGAAGACACAUGCUGUGUGGCACUACAAGGGUGAUGCUGACCCAGCAGGCACAGUACAAGCCUUCCCUCCAUGAAAUCAUGUACAAACUAACACUGUGUCAUAGAUGUUUCCAUACACUGUGAAUUCUAAUCUCCUAUAUUACUUGCUGGUGUUUGAAACAAACAGUGCACUCUUCCAAUGAGACUGGAGGUUCUUGUUUGUAGGAAUGGUUUCAUGAAUUCCAAUCAGCAAGGCAGGUGAUGGGUGUGCCUAGUAACAGGCAACCAUACAUUACUAUAACUGUAAAGCUGAUGACCUUAACAAUAAAUCUUUAAAAACUG